UUGUGGGGCAGUGCUGUGGCCUGGCAGGAAAAAACCCAAAAUGACCUCAGGUGCAAAUGGUGUGAGCCUGGAGGAACCAAAGAAGAUGAUGAGGGAAGAUUGGAGGAAAAAGAAAGAAUUAGAAGAGCAGAGAAAACUUGGAAAUGCACCGGCUGAGGUGGAUGAAGAAGGAAAAGACAUCAACCCUCAUAUUCCUCAGUACAUCUCCUCAGCACCGUGGUACAUAGAUCCUUCCAGGAGACCCACACUAAAGCAUCAGAGACCUCAGGCAGAGAAGCAAAAGGAGUACAACUCCUCUGGAGAUUGGUACAAGCGAGGAGUUCAGGAGCACUCUGUGGCCACGAGGUACUGCAGAGGAGCCUGUGAGAACUGCGGGGCACUGACACACAAAAGGCAACACUGCAUGGAGAGACCCAGGAAAGCUGGAGCAAAAUACACAGGCAUGGAUAUUGCCCAGGAUGAGCACGUGCAGCCCCAGCUGGUGUUUGGUUACGAUGGGAAGAGAGACAGGUGGAAUGGUUAUGACCCAGAGGAACACAUGAAAAUUGUUGAGGAAUAUUCCAAGGUUGAUUUGGCCCAAUGUGCACUGAAAGCACAGAAGCUUCAGGAGGAGCUGGCAUCAGGGAAGAUGGAGCGAGUGAACUCCCCAAGAUACCACGGGGGAGAAGAGGAAUCAAAUUCACAGACAGAAAGAGAUCACAGCAGUGAAGAUGAGGACAAACACACAGAUGACAUUGAUAUGCCCAGGCAGAACUUUGACUCCAAAAGACGCAUCACAGUCCGAAAUUUUCGUAUUCAGGAAGAUAUUGUUAAAUACUUGAGGAACCUAGACCCAAACUCCGCUUAUUAUGAUCCCAAAACAAGAGCAAUGAGGGAGAACCCUUAUGCCAACACAGGCAGGAGUCCAGAUGAAGUUGCUUAUGCUGGUGACAACUUUGUUCACUACACAGGUGAUGCCAUUUCAAUGGCACAGACUCAGCUCUUUGCCUGGGAGGCUUAUGACAAAGGCUCUGAAGUUCAUCUUCAAGCAGACCCUACCAAAUUAGAGCUCCUUUAUAAAUCUUUCAAAGCAAAAAAAGAAGAUUUCAAGGCACAGCAGAAGGAAAGCAUCCUGGAGAAGUAUGGAGGACAGGAACAUUUAGAUGCCCUCCCAGCUGAACUGCUGCUAGCUCAAACAUAAAAUUAUGUGGAGUAAUCUAGGCAUGGAACAGUCAUCAAGGGACAGCAGAGAGCUAUUGCUUGCUCUAAGCAUGAAGAGGAUGUGAGGAUCAACAACCAUACAUGCAUUUGGGGUUCGUGCUGGAAGGAAGGGAAGUGGGGUUACAAGUGCUGUCACUCCUUUGUUGAGUACUCCUACUGCACAGGGGAAACUGGGAAAGAAAUUGCUAAUCCAGAGGCAAGUUUAAUGGAAAAGCAGCCUGAGGAGGAAGAACACAUGAUAAAACCCAAAACACUGAUGGAGAUCCACCAAGAGAAACAGAAAGAGAAGAGAAAGAAGAAGCACAAGAAGAGCUCAAAUUCCAACAGUGAGGGUGAAGAGGAAAAGAAGCAAGAAAAACUAAAAAAGGCCCUAAAUGCUGAAGAGGCUCAACUUCUGCACCUCAGAGAAAUCACGCAGUUAGAUGAGAGGAGGAGACCAUACAACAGCCAGUAUGAAGCCAGGGAGCCAACAGAAGAGGAGAUGGAGGCCUACAGAGUGAAAAGGCAGAGACCUGAUGGCCCCAUGGCCUCUUUUCUUGGGCAGUAA